UUCACAGGUGUGUGCUUAUUUGUGUGGGACUCAUCCAAAAGAUUUGUUUGACGUGUUUCUUUAUUGAAGUGGGAGGCUCUGAACACCUUGGGCCAGGAGUCAGGAGAAAAUAACAGGCUCGUUUGUACGAACGAGGAGAUAGCGGAGAGGACGCUUCACAAAAGGCUGAUUGGUUCGGGUUUGAACGUCCAAGAACACACGUGAGAUUUCAGACCAAGGAUGGAAGGCAAGUUUGUUUUCAGUAAAUAACAACAAUUAGCGCUUUGUGCAGCAGUUAAAGGUAAGGAGGCUUUUGUAAUUGCACAAUUGUAGGGGCUGCUGCCCCCAUAAAUGGACGAGCAAAAAAUUCCAUUUGGUCAUCAUUGGCAGUGAAGCUUUGUGCUUCUCGCUUUGUGUUGUUGAUCAAAGAUGGAUAGCCCAGGAUGGGCAGUGCCCACAGAACCGCUCCCCUGCCCCACCUUGGCCAUUCAGACCACUGUGUUGUUAAUACCCAUAUACAAAUCAUACACAAAACUACCAAAAACCUCAAAGUAACCAAAGGGAGCGAUAUUAGAUCUGAGGUUUGGCUGAGUUAGCGUGAUGUAGUUAGCCGCUGCUGGUCAAUGUUGCAAUCGUGACCUCUUGUUUGGGAUUUUCUAGUGGUGCGUUCGCCAAGUCAGCAUCACGGUGUUCCUGAUCUGGAGUCUUUAGUCAAGUGGUGUUUGGGUUUGAUCGUUGACUGGCCCAAAAAAAGCCUCGAAUUGUCCUAUUUUUUACAGACACUAAACAAACAUUAUUUACAAGGUAUAGUAAACCUUACUUUGCAAUGGUCAAUACUUCUCAAGCAAUCACGGUAACAUCAGUAAACCGCUGGACUUACUGUAAGGGACUUAUAAGUUACCGACUUGAAUGCUUAGUAACUGUUAAAAAACAAACAAACAAAGGCUUUCAUUUUAAGUAGCGAAUAAAUGGAAAAAUAGAGACCAUUAAAAAUCCUAAAAUAGACAAUUGCCCUUUAAGAUAAGAUAAGACGGAUAUGAGUUCAGAAAUCCAAUGAAGAAAGGGUUAUUGGCAUAAUAAAUGAUAAGAAAUGAAUAAAUAUGAAGUACAAAUAGAAAUAGAAAUGCACACAAUCCUAAAAUAUUUUAUUUAUGUAUGUAUUAUGUAAACAAAAACAAAAGAGGGCUUUAAGUAAGUACGUUCCUUAUUUUUACAUAAUGCACAGAUGUACCGAAAAUGUGGGCGGAUAUUGGUAAAUAUGAUCAAAGAAGGCUGUGAAAAUUAAUCUGCAUUGUUAAUCCUUUUGAUCUUUUAUUUAAAAAAAUCACAAAAAUAUCUAACAUUUCACUGGAUAAAAAGAAUUUAAAAAGGGGGGAAAUAUCAUGAUGAAAUAAGUAAUUAGUUUUGGGAUGUUAAGCCGUUGUAGGCUGGGCGAAUUUCACAUUGACAGCAUUUGUCAAAGGGCGCCAAUCCUUUAGCCCUGUCCCACGCAAGAGAAUCUCAUUGACAUGAUAUGUCCUCACCCAUAACUGUCCUGCGAGAUCUUCACUGAACUGACAGUUUAAAAAAAAUCACAAUGGAGUCGCUAAACUGACUAUUGUGAUGAGAUUUCUUUUUAGUUUAUGUUUUAAAAGGGUUGAUGGUUUGGCAUGUAUUUAACUGGUUUCUUUUCAGUAGUGUAAAACAAACCAACACAUAUCAAUCAAGCUUCUGCCUUGUAGUGUGUUAACAAAAUUAAUUAUUCAUUGUUGCUUUUUUGAACAAGGACGCCCAUUUAGGUCGUUAUUUUUAGAUAGAUUGUGUGUAGGUUUUUCUCUAAUAUACAUUGGUCACAAUUAACAACACUCUUUUAUUCAAUAUGUUUUGAGACCUUCAUAUGCCACUUUAACAGCUCUAAAAUGUUUUAGGUUAGAGAACGUCUGACAUGAGUUCAUUCCUUCACCCAGAAUCGCUCCAGACCAGUUUUUACAGUCUGUGCUCCAGACCCUUUAGAUUCCCAGCUCCAUGACGAUGUUUCUUCUCGUCAGUUCACCUCAAUCUUUUCCUAUAGGGUUUAGGUCAGAUGAUUGGAAUGACCAUAGCAGAAGCUUGGUUUUGUGCUCAGUGGCCCAUUUUUGUGUUGUUUUCGAGGUUUGUGUUCGGAUUAUUGUAUGAUUGGAAGAUUUAAACACGGCCCAUUAGAAGAUUCAGUGUCAGAGUCAGUCACUUAUUGAUUGAUAGAAACCAUGAUGCCACGUGUCUAAACAAGAUGUCCAGGACCUCCAGCAGAAAUAGGAUCACAACAUCAAAAGAAACAGCAGUAUAUUUCAUUGUUCACAUGGGGUACUUUUUAUCCCUGUGUUCACCAAACCCAUAUUGAGUGCUUGCUGCUAAAAAAAACUAAUUUUUUAUAUCUGACCAUAGAAGCCAGGGCCAAGUUCCAGUUGUGUCUGAUAACUGUAUAUACUGGAGUUUGUUUUCAGAUAAGCUAUAUUUUUGUCUUGAAACCCUCCUGAACAACACGUGGUGAUUUUUUAAGAGGUUUUCUGUCCCAGAGACUCGACUAUUUUAUGCGAUUCUCCAGCUGUGGUCAUUGGGGAGGCUUUGGCAACUUAAACCGUCCUCACCAUGCAUUAGGACGAUAUAGACACACAGGCAGCUUUGUUACAUUUUAUGUUGAUUCGAAAUGAAUAAUUUCAUAAUGAUUAACAAUGCAGAUCAAUUUUCAGAGCCUUCUUUGAUCAUAUUUAUCAAGGGUGCCGAUAUUUUUGACCAUGACUGUGAGUACCUAUGAAAAUUUCGUUGAUCAUUUGUCAUCUCAAUGGUGGAUAACUUUUGACAAACAGGACUGGAAGAGGAAUACUUCAUUUUGAAUUUGUUUCAGCUACACUUCUAUUUGAAGCCAGGUAGCGUCUCUGAAGUUAACCAAUGGCACAGCAACGUGCUGCUUAUUUAGCAUGCAACCCCUUUUUUGAUAGAUAGGUGAUGCCAGGUCAGAGCAUGCUAAAUACAAAAACUACAGAUGUAUUAUCUGUAACGUAAUCUGUAACGUGAGAACUAAAGAGACAACAAGAGCCUGAUCUGGUGACAGCUGGUGAACGGCACUGUAGGUGUGAAGAGUGUUAAGAGUGUAACAUCAAGGCAUCACGCAAAGCUGAACACAUGCUUUAAAGUCAGAGAUUAAUUUCUUUCGGGACGUUCUAGGACUAUGAGCAAAUAUGAACAUGAAACGUGAAAAUACGAACAUGAAAAAACAUCUGUUAUGAGCUUUUUCUGUCCCUGCGGCAAAUUUAGUCACCCUCAGCCCAUGUAGAUGAAUUUGUUUCUUCAUCAGAAUGUCAGAUUUGGAGAAAAUAAGCAUUACUUUGCUUGACCACCAAAGGAUCCUCUGAAGUGAAUGGGUGCCUUCAGAACAAGAAUAAAAACGGCUGAUAAAAAAUAAUCAAAGUGUGCGCCGGCGAUUGUAAAUACUAUGGGUAUAGCUUUCGUUCUCAUCUGCUUCCAGCUAUUUUCAGCAGAACAAAACAGUUCAUUUUGCCGCUCGAUAUUGAAAAUUGGUGUGUCCUAUCAUGUUAUUUUAUUUUAUUGUCUUAAUUAUGAACACACUGGUUUGUAGUACAGUUUUACUGUUUACUGCACGUUGUUAUUGUCCUCGUCAUUUACCUGCAGCGUCUAACCAACCCCAAGCCCAUAGGCUGACUUCCACGUUCAGGAGAAAGGUGGAUACGGCUAGAUUUCUCCAAUGUUGUUCCGAUGAAGAAACAAAUCUACAUCUUGUGGAUGGCGUGAGAGCGAGCACCACACAUCGGGGAUUAAGUGCUUUGUGACUUCGUAAAGUCUGUUUGUUAAAGAAACUGUUAAACAAUGGAAGAAUUACAGCCCUUAAAACCAUUACAGUGCAGUAAGUUGUAAAAGUAACACUAAAAAUAGACAAACUGGAUGCUCCCUAUUUAAAGAUAAGAAAGAUAAGAUAAAGCUCGAAUGAAACUUUUUUUUAUUUAAUAGUGCCAAAACACUACAAGACAAGUACAAAACCGCAGUAACCUCAAAAACAGUAAAGGACUAAAUGUGAUCUUUCCAACCACAAAUUUAGGCAGUCAAAAAUGCAUUUGACCACAUUGUACUUGUACUGGAUUUUUAUUUUUCAGUGUUAGCUAGUAGUUCGAUAAAUAAAUAAAUAAAUAAAUAAAGAAGAUAAAAAAGACUUCAAUGAGCGUUUAUUUUAAACUCCAAUCACGGUCCUUUACUGAGACUCUAAGAUAGCUUCUAGUUAACUUCUGCAAGUUGAUCCUUUCACAGCUGACAGCUGCUCACUUAAAAGUUUAGGAAUCAUUUCCUUAGUGCUAUCCAGAGUUUGACCAGCAGAGGGAAUCACCGGGUGAAGAUAUGGCAAAUUAACAAGAGUCAAAUAUCUUAGUAAUGACUGCCACUCUGUGCUCACUGUGACUACUUCAGAGUCAAAGAAAGAAAGAAAGAAAGAAAGAAAGAAAGAAAGAAAGAAAGAAAGAAAGAAAGAAAGAAAGAAAAAGACAGAAAGAAAGAAAGAAAGAAAGAAAGAAAUUUAAUUUUGUUAUUUAUUAUCAUUAUUAUUAUUUUUUCAUUCAUUAAUUGUUCAUUUAUUGAUCGUGCUAUAGAAUAUACAAAGCAAACAUGCAAAUGCAAAUGAUAUAGGCUAACAAAACAAAACUAUUGAUUUGUACUACAAACAUUGCAAUUAAUAUAUACGUUUAUAAUAUUUUAAACACAAGUGAUAUUUAUGAAAGUAUAAUAAAUACCACUUGAUGUUCAAAAAAAUAUUUAUUAUUAUGUUUUUGUGCAGGAUAUUAAGGCAUAAUGUUGUCUAUUUAUAUGGAUCUCUUUAUACGGCCCUAUAUAGGCUACUGACUAAACUAGAACACUACAUAGGCUACUAGGUGUUGAUUGCAGUGGAAGCGUUCGAGGCGCGUCACUGGCGUUUACGUCGACAGGACUCUGCACUGAACUCGUGUACCCAUGAUGCUGUGGGAUUGUCGAAACUUUGACAGGCACGGAAGAAGACACGAGCAAGUUCCAGCCGAACCGCGACAUCACCUACCCCGCUGUGUUUGGAUAUGAAAAUGCUCGAGUGCCGAUAGUUCUGCCGUGGCAGUAUGCUGUGCUGCUGUCAGCGAAAGCCCGCGGAACAGGCGCAACUUGCACGCGCAGCGGAGCACAAUGAGUGACAGUUCGUCAGACAUGGAUCACAAGGAUGUAUUCGCAGCAUUGCAGAUGGUGUGUUCGGAUGUCAUCUUGGCUCUUAAUGGAUCACGCAGCAAUGCUUCAAAUGCCGAGGCCACUGACCGUCUCAUAGGGGUCAUGAGGCAGAUUCAGGAACAUGGUCGUGCUGUUGAACCCUUGAUCGGUGGCUUUACUGCUGUCUAUUACCAUUUUGAUUUGGAUGAACAGACACCCGGCAAUGGAUAUCGGACCUUAGUCAAGGUGGUCCAUUCCUGCAUCAGCCACAUCCUUCAGAAGGGCCGUUACAUCGCAUUUAACUGCAGUGGAGCAUUUUUCAGGACGGACCAUAAUAUGGCGGAAAUGGAAGCAUACUGUAGUGCCCUUUGCCAGCUGAGGGCAUUGCUUUACCUGGCACGGAUAUUACUUAAUGACAAUCCCCACGGUCAGCUCUAUUCACAGGAGGAAGGGGGUUUAAGCGAGAGGUUUGUGCAAGAGUACAUCUCUAUGCACAAAGCUUGUUUUUAUGGCCGCUGCUUGGGCUUUCAGUUUUCCCCUUCUCUUAGGCCUUUUCUGCAGACAGUGGUCAUCAGUAUGGUGUCCUUUGGUGAAAACUAUAAGAAACAGCAGUCUGGUUUAGGCAUCGCUGCUCUUUCUUUCUUCACAUCGGGCAAAUAUGUAGUAGAUCCUGAGUUGAGAGGAACAGAGUUUGAGCGCAUCACUCAAAAUCUAGAUAUGCAGUUUUGGAAAACCUUUUGGAACCUCACUGAGACUGAGCUAUUAUCAAGUUUGACAAGGAUUGCUUCCACUGCGGUGCAAGUGAAUGUAAUAUUAACCAUACCAGCCGUAAACCUGAGUCUGCCACUGGCCUCUGACCCCAGCCUCUCAGUCUCCGUGAAUCCUCCAGUUGCACACUGGGGCCCUGGGCCCAUCAAAGUGCGCUUGAUCUCACACACACUCAGACAAGGACAGGACAGUGCAGAACUGUUGGCCCUUUCUCGUCCUGAGGGUCCUCAGCUCUCUCUGCCAGGGGGUUUCAGUCGUGAGACAGCUCCUCUUUCUCCAUGCCUGCUCAUACACUUUCAUGGAGGAGGCUUUGUCGCACAAACUUCAAAAUCACAUGAAAAUUACUUGAAGAGCUGGUCAAAGGAUCUGAAUGUGCCUAUUCUCUCUGUGGAUUACUCACUGGCUCCGGAGGCCCCGUUUCCCCGGGCACUAGAAGAGUGUUUCUACGCCUACUGUUGGGCCUUAAAGAAUUGCCACUUACUAGGCUCAUCUGCAGAGCGUGUUUGUUUGGUGGGAGACAGUGCAGGUGGUAACCUGUGCAUAACCGUCUCUAUGAGGGCAAUGUCUCAUGGUGUACGUGUUCCUGAUGGGAUUGUGGCAGCGUACCCCGCAACCCUUCUGACAACAGACGCCUCACCAUCCAGACUGCUCACUUUAAUCGACCCUCUGCUGCCUUUGAGCGUGCUCUAUAAGUGUAUUGAUGCCUAUGCUGGUUCGAGUUGCCAGUCAGUGCAGCCAGCUCAGCAGAUAGACACCUUGGCCGCUUUGGGACAGGACACAGUAAAAAUGUUUACUAACUUCGCCCAAGGAGCGACAAAUUGGAUUCAGACUUUAUUAGAAACAAAAGCACCAGCAGCAGCAGCAUCAUCAGCAUCAUCAGCAUCAGCACCAGCUUCAGCAUCAGCAUCAUCCUCUUCAACCAUACCAUCAAAUGGUCCUUCACCUUCCAAGUCCAAUUCUGAAGAGAAACCACAGGAAGUCCAGGAAUAUCCAGAAAACUUCGAGCCACUCCGGUCUAGGUGUCUGGUGGAUAUACACACACCUUGCACACCAAUAAUGAAGAACCCAUUUGUUUCUCCUCUGCUUGCUCCGGAAAGUCUUCUCAAGGGGCUUCCACCAGUGCAUAUAGUGGCUUCUGCUUUGGAUGCCCUGUUAGAUGAUUCAGUGAUGUUUGCCAAAAAACUUAGGAAUAUGAACCAGCCUGUGACGCUCACUGUGGUUGAAGACCUUCCUCAUGGCUUCCUGAGCCUAUUACAGCUCUCCAAAGAAACCCAGGAAGCAUCUAAUAUAUGUGUGAAAAGAAUCAGAGAAGUCUUCCAGCUAGAGGAGCUACCUGCUGAUCAGAGCCAGCCGGUGCUCAGUUAGACAGUUUAGGCUUAGGAUCAUCAAGGUACAAGAAGUUCCAGGAAUCUAAAUAACAGUGAAAUAAAGGAGUCAAUCCACCAGUUUUACUCCUGGAAGCAAUUGUAGAUCCAGCUUGCAAUACCAAACCUAUAGGCUGAAUGUGCAGUUUUGCAUCAGAGUGACUCAUUUUUAGGUAUUCACAAUAACUUUUCACUGUUGUGUUCUGACCAAACUGAAUGUCUCAGCAUCCACCAAAAUUUCACCAUUGUGCCUGUAGAGAUGCAAUAAGAUCAAUCCUAGCUGCUUGUGCACUGCAAACUAAUUUUUUAAAAGAAACUGCACUGGAUUUUAAGCCACCAUUUCUGAAGUUUUUAUCUGAAAUGAAAAUGGUUUCAAUGUUUAAGGAGAAGGUUGUUAAACACAACGCCUUAGUUUUUCUCUCUUGUUUAAUUUAAAAAUGUAACCUUUUUAAAUUUAGUGAAUCUCUCUUUGUACAUCUUUAUCAGUUAUCAAAGCAGCAUAAAGUUUGUUCUACAGUUGUAUUUAAAAAAAAAAAAAGACUUAAAUUGUCCCACAUAAAGUGGCAUUAAGUCCAGUUCAGCUCAUGAUCUGAAAUUACUUUGACACCCCUGCUUGUAUUACAAUAUCAGCUAUAACAUUUGUAAAUGUAUAAUCAAUUUGACAAGGAUAUUUGCGUGUGAUAUGAAUAUACAUCAGACAAAACAUUUUUUAGGCCUUUGAGGAUGUGGUUACAAGCUUUACAACAUUGUGUCUUUUCAUAGAGUACUGUUGUCUACCUUUAUAUUAUCAGGUUACCUCAUCAUUUAAUGAUGAAAAACUGGCCAGAUGCACCAGAAAUUGUGACUGUGACUUGUUACCAGUUCAUGUUAUCGUGCAGUAAACUAAAUGUGUAAAGGGUGCUCAUAACCAUAACCAAAUUAGAUUCAGACCUAUACUUUUUUUCUUAUAACACCAAAGACUUUGUUCUAUUUUGUACAUGUCUGAGAGGAUUUUCAUUAACUGAAUAUCAAAUGCAAUAAAUAAAUAAUGCACUACUUUUAAGGCAAGUAAUGUUUCCAGUGCUGUUUUGCAUUUUGCCACAAGAAAAAUAUUUUAGCAUGCUGAAUUGCUCAUGUGACAUUCCUUAUCAGUGUUUGUGUAACUGUUUGUGGAAACCAUAAAACACUUUUUACAGGA